AUGAUUUUAUGGGGCAAAAAAGGGUGAAAAAACUGGCAAUUUUAACACAAAAUCGAACUUUCGAGCCCCCAUAGAACAAUGGAACUAUGUUCCGAGGACCCGGGUGCUUGUCGAACCCACGACGGGAGAUAUGGAACUCACACGUUCCACAUGUUCGAAACGAGGUCAACGACCUGACGGCUACGAAAAAUGCACCAAUUUCAACGCGUACAGCGGGGGUUAUCAAUAAAGACUUUUAUCGACUUUUAAUCCAAGUCGAAGUUGGGUUGCGUGCUCUGGACAAGGACAACAAAAGCGAAAAGUCAGAGAAUCGUCGACCCCAGCACCGAUUGGACGUACUUGUCGCGGGAAAAUGGACAUCUCAACGUCUUUUCCUUCGCAAGAUCAAGUAGAAACCUCAAGUGUCGUCACUGAAGACUUACCAUUGCAGACUAAAGCUGGAAGAAAGCACUAGAGCCUGAUAACUACAAGUACUGGCUGUUGGUUCUUGAAGACAUGUGUUACACAAAAGUCUAUAGGUGGCAACCAGGAUGGGGGUCGACCUUUCUACGUACAGAGCAAGGAUAGGCUGCUACUCUGGACCCUCCCUUCGCUUUUGGGCGGAAGCAUCGUGUUUGCUGGUGUGGGCGACAAUUGCACAACUAGUACUUUUCCUUUCGGGAGAUAUUGAACAAAAUCCGGGACCUAAGCAAGGGAAGGUAUCAAAGGAAAGGCAACGGUCACCGGAUGUACAUGAGACCGGAGCACAUGCUGGUGGAGGGUUUGUCUUUCGCCCUUUGACGCAGAUUGACCAAUGGACAUUGUCAGGUCAGUUACACAUUCCUGUUGCAAUGUGGCAUACGCCUGGACAAAAUGGUGUACCCCUAGAGUGUCCACUGACUGUAAAAAGUAUUGGGGGGCGUGGAGACUGUUUUUUCAAAGCAAUCUCAUACGCAGUGUUUGGAAUCGAGGAAUGCCAUGGCGCGCUAAGGUCACGUUUAGUUGCAUACAUGCAGACAUUACCAGAUGAGUUUUGCAGGCUUUUCCUUCCCGAAGGACUGUCCAUGUCUGGUUACUUAGUGUCAUCUGAAAUGAGUCUUGAAGGCACAUGGGCAACCGAUGCAGAGAUCCACUGCAUGGCUUCAUUGCUUAGAAGACCUAUCUUUGUCUAUACUUAUUGUGGUACAAGGGAGGGGUGGAAAUGGAUGAAAUUUUCUCCUACAGGAACCGUAAGACAAGACACUUAUUUGUCAGAUGGUGGGUAUGGCCAUGGUAUGAUUUAUCUCCAAAAUACUAAUCAGAAUCAUUAUGAUGUUGUCACAGAUGUAAUGAGCUUAGAGCAAUCUAGGAGUUUGUCACGGUAUCAGCACUAUCGGCACAUGCAAAAAAUUACAGCUAAUAAGGCAGAAAAGUUCCGUGCUUCAGAACGCAAGAGAAAGGCAGAUUGUUAUGUCCAUGAGGUCCACAGAAAGAGGCAACUUAGCCAACAACAGACCAGGUAUCAUACUGAUGACAGGCACAAGAAAGAGAAAGUUGCAGAAGCACAGGCAAGGUAUCACAAUGAUGACAACUACAGGGAGGCGAAAGUUGCAGAAGCACAGGCAAAGUAUCGCAAUGAUGACAACUACAGGAAGGCGAAAGUUGCAGAAGCACAGGGAAAGUAUCACAAUGAUGACAACUACAGGAAGGCAAAAGUUGCAGAAGCACAGGCAAAGUAUCACAAUGAUGACAACUACAGGAAGGCGAAAGUUGCAGAAGCACAGGCAAAGUAUCACAAUGAUGACAACUACAGGAAGGCGAAAGUUGCAGAAGCACAGGCAAAGUAUCACAAUGAUGACAACUACAGGAAGGCAAAAGUUGCAGAAGCACAGGCAAAGUAUCACAAUGAUGACAACUACAGGAAGGCGAAAGUUGCAGAAGCACAGGCAAAGUAUCACAAUGAUGACAACUACAGGAAGGCAAAAGUUGAACAUGAGAGAGAAAAGUAUCAAACUGAUUCAGAACUUAGAGAAGGAAAAAUAGUGCAGGUGCAGCAUAGUAGAAGUAAAAAACUUAAUUCCACAAAUGUGGACAAAGCUGUUAUAAGAUUUCAAAAAGCGUGUACAGAAAGACUACAAUAUCCAUGUACUGUGUGUUAUAAGAUAAAUUUUAAGACACAAGUCGUGGAGUGUAAUCGAUCUAAGUUGAACUUCCAUCCUUCAGUUCUUGUCUGCCUGACAGGUGAGUAUGUUCAUAAAUGUGACAGCGAGUGCACUGCAGAGCCUUGUCCUAAGCUUGAGACACGUGGUAAGGAAUGGAUAUGCCACACCUGCAAAAAUCACUUGAAGAAGAGAAACAUACCCCCCCAGGCCCAAAUUAACAAGAUGAGUCUUCCAGCAAUACCCCCCGUAUUGAAAUGUCUCAAUACGCUUGAGUCACAGUUGAUAGCUCCUAGAAUACCAUUCAUGAAGGUAGCGGCUCUGCCAAAAGGUGGCCAAAAAGGAGUUCAUGGUCCUGUAGUAUGUGUACCAGCAGAUGUAAGUAAGACUCAUCAGGUUCUUCCGAGAAUGCCUUCAGAGGCUCAGUUUGUCCGAGUUAAAUUGAAGAGACGAUUACAGUACAAUGGUUUUUAUUUGUACAGACAAAUAAGUCCAUUCAAGGUUGAUGCUGCCCUGCAAUAUCUUGUAGAAAAUAAUGAACAUUACAGUGGUGUGUCUAUCGACAGCAAUUGGGUUCUGCCGUGGAAUGAAGAAGAAGGGGGGCUUAUCCAGCCACCUGCUACUGAAACUGGUAUGGAAGACGAGGAGAUGGACAACAUCCUUCGACAGAUCAAUGAUGAAGAAGUAACAGAUCGAGAAGAACUUCAAGAAGAAGCCGCUCUGAAUGAAGACGAUCUUUUGAGGGGAAUACCUCACGACUCAUGUUUACAGCCAUGUGAUGUAGGACAAGACUUCCUAGAUUACUAUGAUGAAAACAUACUGUGUGUGGCCCCAGGAGAAGGUAAUAGGCCAGUUUCUGUCUUUAAGGAAGUUGGUGGAGAAGCAAUGUCUUUCCCAGUUCAGUUUCCAAUGGGGAAGUAUUCUUUCAAUGAUGAUCGCGAGAUACGCAUAACUGCCAGUCAGUACUUCAAGGCUCGCCUUAUGAGUGCAGACACACGGUUUGCGAGAGACACCAGCUACAUCUUCUUCGCACAAUAUGUAACAGAGUUGAAUUUCAUACAGUCAAACAUGUCUAUAUCGUUGCGAAAAAGUGCACCGAUCACAAGUGACGGGCGUGACAUAGGGGCCCAAAUGUUGUCUAACAGAGAGGACUUACAGUCCAUUCUAAAGUCAGAUGUAGGCUAUCGCUUCCUUCAGCCAGUCAGGGGUACGCCGCAGUUCUGGGAAAAGACGCUAAAUGAAUUGUAUGCGAUGAUAAGACAGCUGGGAAUCCCUACAUGGUUUGCUAGCUUUUCUGCCGCAGAUUUGCGAUGGCCAGAAGUGUUAGAGGCUAUUCGACAAGAUCAUGGCACAGUACCAGUAAGUGAGUUGUCGUGGGAAGAGCGUUGUGACAUUUUGAAGAGUAAUCCUGUCACAGCCGCUCGCAUGUUCGAUCACCGAGUUAAGCUGCUUUUCAAACAUCUCAUUAAAUCUCCGUCUCAACCGAUUGGGGAAGUGAUAGAUUUUUUCGUGCGGACAGAAUUUCAAUCGCGCGGUAGCCCACAUAUUCACCUUUUGCUUUGGGUGAAAGAUGCGCCAAAAUUAAAUGAAAAUACUGAAGAGGAGAUCUGCUCCUUUGUGGACAAGUAUGUGUGCAGUCAGCUACCUAACCCAGAGACAGAUAAAGAGUUAUUCGACAUAGUUAGUCAGGUUCAAACACACCGAAAAGGGCAUACGGCGUCAUGCAAGAAAGGUGGCAAGGUCUGUAGGUUUGGAUUCCCUAAACCUCCUGUGAAGCAGACAUUUCUGUGUGGCCCCGUGGCACUGAAGGACCUGACCGAAGCAGAAAUGGCGUCUCUUCCUGGAAGAAAGAAGCAAGCCGAAGUGAUCCUUAAAAAGUUCUGGGACGUGUUGGACAAGAACACAGAACCAGAGAAGUGCUCCACUGAUCAAAUUCUGAAAGAGGCGAAGCUCACCACUGCGCAAUUCUGUGAUGCUUUCAACUUGAUUUCAACCAGAAAACAGGUGGUUCUCCAGCGAGAUCCGAAAGACAUGUAUGUGAACAAUUUUAACCCACAUCUGCUCCGUGCGUGGAAUGGAAACAUGGAUAUCCAAUACAUCUGCGAUGCUUACAGUUGUGUUAGGUACAUUGUAUCGUACAUUAACAAAGCGGAAAGGGAAAUGGGAAACCUACUUAAACAGGCCCAGAAAGAGGCGAGGGAGGGCAAUGAGGAUAUAGUUAAAGAAAUGAGGAAAGUAGGCAGUGCCUACCUUCAUCAUAGGGAAGUAAGUGCCCAGGAGGCAGUGUAUCGAGCCUGUAGCCUGAAGCUAAAAGAUUGUUCCAGAGAAGUCACUUUCAUACCGACAGAUGAGAAAGCUUGUCGCCUUUCUAAACCCCUGGCAGCGAUCCAAAACAUUGGUGAAGGAGAAAGCAUCUGGAUGACAAGCAUUAUGGACCGAUACAAGGCGAGACCACAGAAAGAACCCUUCCAAACAAUGUGUGCCGCAACGUUUGUUUCUGAGUAUCGUGUGGUUUCAUUUUCAGGCAAGGAAGAAGAUGCUGAACAAACAUCUCGAGGCACCAAGGAGCAUGUUCUAAAUGAUAAUUUAGGGUCGGUACAAAAGCGCACCAGAUCGCAGCCCGCUAUCAUCCGCUUUGCUAAGUUUAAUAAGGAGAAAGAACCAGAGUCACACUACUUGACAUUACUAAAGUUGUACUUGCCGCACUACUCUGACGCGCAGUUAAAACCAGAACAGUUUGCAAAGUAUGAAGAUUUCUACUUGAAUGGCUCUGUUUCAUUGUCUGAUAGAACAGGUGUCUUGAAGGUCAGGGAUAUUGUUGAGAAUAACAGGUGUCAAUUCGAGAGAAACCGCGACCAGAUUGAUGAGGCGCGCAAAGAAGUUGAAAACACCAGCGGUGAUCUAGAUGAUGCCUGGGCUAAAAUAUUUCCUGUCCCGGAGCAGGACAGAUCUGAGUGUCAAGACUUGCAAGAAAAAGUUAGGGUUUUUGAUGAUGAGGAUGUUAUUGAUGACAUUCCAGAUCUUGCAACUUCGGACAAGUCAAAAGAACAAGGCUUCACCCUAGAAAGGUGCCAAUUGCAGAUGAAAAAGAAAACUGCUCUUCCCUUACUGCAGUCGCUCAACCCCAUCCAACAAGAUGUUUUCUAUUUUGUGAGGAAGUGGUGUAUGGAAACUGCUCAGGGAAUGCGACCAGAUCCUUUUCAUAUUUUUGUAACGGGUGGCGCAGGGACCGGAAAGAGCCAUCUUAUCAAGUGCAUAUAUUAUGAGGCUACUAAAAUACUUAAGGAGACACAAGAGAACCCUGACAAUAUCUCUGUCCUACUUACAGCGCCCACAGGAACGGCGGCAUUUAACAUCGAUGGGAGUACUGUUCACCAUGCAUUUCACAUUGCACGCAUGUCAAAUACGUAUCAGCCCCUGUCAGAAAAAACGCUGAAUGCAGUGCGUGCACAGUACCAAAGUCUAAGAAUUGUGGUCAUAGAUGAAGUUUCGAUGGUCGAUAGAAAGCUACUUUACCACAUUCACGGCAGAUUGGGCCAACUGAGACAAGUGCACCCGGACAUAAAGUUUGGAAAUGUGAGCAUAUUGGCAGUGGGCGACAUGAACCAAAUUCCCCCGGUUCGGGCUCACGGUCUCUGCAAGGGGAAAGAUACCGUGAUUGUUGACCUCUGGAAUCCCCAUUUUGAAGUAGUUCAGUUAAAUGAGAUCAUGAGGCAGAAGGAUGAUGCUGCAUUUGCAGAGCUUUUGAAUAGGCUUAGGGUAAAGAAAAAGAAAGAACGACUUUCUGAUGAAGAUGACAAAACUCUGUCUUCAAGGGUGCUCUCUCUAGAUUUUGCAUCUGAUGACUAUCCAAAAGACGUGCUUCACAUUUUCACCACAAAUGAUUCUGUUGCACAGCAUAAUGAUAGAAUGUUGAAGCUCCGGUGUUCACAGAUUAGACAAUACGAGGCUUGCGAUUUUGUCAAAGAUCCGUGCACAGGGUCAAUGAAAAGAAGGGAUCUAGCUAGAGGAGAGAGUGACGACCUACCCGACAUGGUCCGUGUCGGAGUCGGUGCACGGGUCAUGCUUUGCCGCAAUGUCAACGUUGAAGAUGGUUUAGUGAAUGGUGCAUUUGGAAUGGUGACUGGUGUGAAAGGUGGGGAAGAUCAUGAGAGUGAUGUUGCAACGGUUUAUGUGCUAUUUGACAACCCAAGGGUAGGUGCAAAUGAAAGGCAAAAGAGUUCUGCUCCCAACUCAGAGAUACCUGUCAACUCGGUGCCAGUAUGUCAGGUCGAUAGCACCUUGAAAAGGUCAAGUAAAGUUACACGUCGACAAAUUCCAUUGAAGCUGGCCUGGGCUUGUACGACACACAAGGUACAGGGUAUGACCGUUCCUGAAGCGGUCGUCUCCAUGAAAAAUGUGUUUGCAUCAGGUAUGGCAUAUGUGGCAUUAAGCAGGGUAUCUUCCAUAGGUGGUCUCCACAUCACAGACUAUAAGCAGGAGUCCAUCUACUGUGAUGAGCAUGUAGAGAAUGCAGUCAAAGAGAUGAUGCACUUGCAGUUUAGAUCUGACCCGUUCAAAAAUGCCGAUGACAGGUCUGAAAGUAAUAGGGUCCUGAAAAUUGUCCAUCACAAUACCGAAAAUCUAGUAAGUAACUUUGAAAGUCUAAAGUCUACCUGUCUGCUCAAAGCUGAUAUCAUAUGCUUGACCGAGACAUGGUUAUCGGAAGAUGUGCAGGAUUCUAAGGUGCAGCUAGAAAACUUUGAUGUGUUUCGCAAAGACAGAACACAUGUUUGUGAGGAAGAGUCUAUGACUAGAAGUUCACCACAUGGAGGAGUGGCAGUUUAUGUCCGUAAUGGAUACAGCUGUUAUGAAAUACCCAUUCCAGAUGACAUUAGCCUGGAAUGUGUGGUUAUGCUAAUGUCUGUUGAGGACAUAGAGAUUCUCAUUGUACCUGUUUACAGGCCACCUAGUGUGAAAAAAGACGCAUUCAUAGUCAAUGUAGAGAAAUUGAUGCAGUACUUGUUGGCCACAGUGAAGCGAACAACUACAAUCUUUCUUGGGGACUUUAAUGAGAAUUUGUUAUCAGGUGAAGACAACAAAAAGAUACAGAAGUUCUUUGAGACAAACAAUUUCGAACAGUUGGUGGAAGAUCCUACAACCAUGAAAGGAACUCUUAUUGACCAUGUUUACAUUGCACCACCAUCAUCAAAUGUAAGCUGUGGGGUCAUACAGACAUUUUACAGUUACCAUGAUGCUGUGUAUUGUACGCUGUAUCGGUGAUGCUGCAAUAAGCCAUGAAAAAGGCAUUGGAUUAGAAAAAUUCCUUCCUUUGUGAUGUUGUGUAUCAUUAUAUACACCAGCUCUGGCCUUGCAUAGUCUGAUUGGUCGACCUCAUUGUUGACCAAACAUGGUAUGUGAGGGGGAGGGGUAAUGAAGUCGUGGACUCUUACCCGCUCCGCCCUUGCCAACCUCUUACCUCAUUGGUGGGUAAGGGGGCUCCUGGUAAAACAGGAACCCCCUUUACCUAUCAUUGGGGUUUGAUGUUGGUAAGGGGGUUCCUGGUAAUCAUCACCAGCUCUGGUCUUGGUAACCCUGUUUGAUCAAAGCUGAACAAACAGGGGAUGCGAGAGAGAGGGGUAAUGAAGUCGUGGACUCUUACCCGCUCCGCCCUUACCAACGACUCAUCUCAUUGGUGGGUAAGGGGGCUCCUGGUAAAACAGGAACCCCCUUUACCAACCAUUGGGGUUUGAAUUGGUACGGGGGUUCCUGGUAUCAGAAAUCAUCGCCAGCUCUGGCCUUGCAUACUCUGAUUGGUCGACCUCAUUGUUGAACAAACAGGGUAUGCGAGGGGGAGGGGUACUGAAGUCAUGGACUCUUACCCGCUCCGCCCUUGCCAACCUCUUACCUCAUUGGUGGGUAAGGGGGCUCCUGGUAAAACAGGAACCCCCUUUACCAACUAUUGGGGUUUGGUGUUGGUAAGGGGGUUCCUGGUAUCAGAAAUCAUCGCCAGCUCUGGCCUUGCAUACUCUGAUUGGUCGACCUCAUUGUUGAACAAACAGGGUAUGCGAGGGGGAGGGGUACUGAAGUCAUGGACUCUUACCCGCUCCGCCCUUGCCAACCUCUUACCUCAUUGGUGGGUAAGGGGGCUCCUGGUAAAACAGGAACCCCCUUUACCAACCAUUGGGGUUUGGUGUUGGUAAGGGGGUUCCUGGUGUUACAAGCUAACAAAGGAAGGAAGAAGAAGAAAGGAAAUGAGAAAGGAAGUAGAACUUUUCUCUGUAAUUGGAGAAGAGGAGGAAAAUAAGAAAAAAUGUAAAUGGGAUGCACAAAAAUAUCAAUAGGCAGUCACAUUUGGCAAUAACCUAAUUUUUUUUUUCUUUUC